AUGGAAUGCUUUUUAUUUGACAGUUUUACUCUAUCUACAAUAAAUACAUUUAUAGUUUUAGACACAAUAAUUAAAGUUUUAAAAAAAAAGGAAAAAGGUAAAUGGAGAGAGAAACAAAAAAUACUUUACUUGGGAAAUAAACUACUAAUAGACACAUUCCCACCAAACUAUAAUUUUAUUCUAGACUUUUUAAAUGUUUUAAUUGAGGAAAAAACAAACAAAAAUAGCGAUAGUAAUAGCGACAACAGUAAUGUGUGCAAAAAUGAUGAUAAUGGCAGAAAUCAACUUAUUUGGAAUGUUAAAAAAGUGAAUGAUUAUAAAAGGGGAAGUAUAAAAGAAAUAAAUUAUUUUAAUAUAAAAAGAAAUUCACAUAUAACAAUGGAAGAAUUAAAAAAUAUCUUAAAAAAUAUGGAUAUAAAAUAUGUUGAUAAUGAAAUGCAUUUAUCUAAUUUAUUAUUUAAAUUAAAUAAAAAUAAAAAAUAUAAUAUAAUAAUUAUUAAUUUGGCUUUUUUUUUUUUAAAAGAUAAACUUAAGCUUAAUUCCUUUAUACAAGAAAUAUCACAUUUUGCAUCAAAUUUAACAUCUAAUAAUAAAACCAACAAAAACAACUUUGAAAAUGAAAACUGUUUUACAUCAAAACAAAUUCAUAGAGACUCUUUUAUUCAAAAGGAGAUAUGUGAUGAUUUAUUUUUUAAAAACAUUAUAAAUAUACAUUUUCAAUAUUCUUUUUUUGUUAAUUUUUUUGAGCAUUUAAAUUAUGUUGAUAAUUUUUUUACUUUUUCAAAAAAAAAACGAUCUAAAAAUGAUUGGGAAGUACCCGAAAUAAAUGAUAUGAAUGUAAAUAAUAAGAAAAAUAAAAUAAAGAAUAAUAUUAGUUCCUUUUAUAGUAACAAAAGUGAACAAAGAGAACUGAACAUAAUAGAUGAUGAUGAUGAUGAUGAUGAUAUAUUAUAUCAUGGAAGUAAUUUUAUUAAUCAUAAUAAACUAAUAUCAUACAAAAAGAGAACCUAUACAGAAAAUAUACCAAUUAAUAUGGAAAAAAAAAAAAUGAAAAAAAAUAAUGAUUUUAAAGAAAACAGAAUAAAUGAAACUGAUAAAUGCAAAAGUGAAAUUUCUCAUAUAGGAACAGUAAAAAAUAAUAAUCCUAUAAAAUCUGUUUAUUCAAUUAAUUCCAUAAAUAAAAAAAAAAAAAAAAAAAUAUACAUAUUUGACAUGUUUCCCAAAUCAGAAUCUUAUAAAAAAAUGUAUAUGAGCAUGAUUUCUCUUUACUUCAAUUGCGUCUAUUUAAUAUGUUGA